UCCACCAACCAUGAUAUUCAAGGCACUUGCGGCUCGUCUGCAGCGAUAGGAGAAAAGAGGAGAGAAAGAGCGAGCCUCACCUCCUCAAACAGCGAGUGAGGAAGGGAAAAGAGCCAGAAAGCGACAGAGAGGGAGAGAGAAGAGAGAGAGAGAAGAAGAAGAAGAAGAAGCUGUGGAGUUAAAGGAGAAAAGACGACAGCGGCUUGGACCUCCAGCGAGGAGUGUUUAUUUGUCUGCGCUUUAUUGUAGAAAGUGUCUUAACAUUCACAGUGAUUCGACAUGUCAUCGUCCGGUAAAGACAACAGUGGUGCCCAACAUGCCAAUUACGUGGGACCUUACCGUUUGGAGAAGACGCUGGGCAAAGGACAGACAGGGUUGGUGAAGCUUGGAGUCCACUGUGUAACGUGCCAGAAAGUCGCCAUUAAGAUCGUCAACCGUGAGAAACUCAGCGAGUCAGUACUAAUGAAGGUGGAGCGAGAAAUAGCUAUCUUGAAGCUCAUAGAACACCCGCAUGUUUUAAAGCUACACGAUGUCUACGAAAAUAAAAAAUACUUGUACCUUGUUCUAGAACAUGUGUCUGGUGGCGAGCUGUUUGACUACUUGGUGAAGAAAGGCAGGUUAACACCUAAAGAGGCCAGGAAAUUCUUCAGACAGAUCAUGUCUGCGCUGGAUUUUUGCCACAGUCAUUCCAUAUGCCACAGGGAUCUGAAGCCGGAGAACCUGUUGCUAGAUGAAAAGAACAACAUCAGGAUAGCAGACUUCGGCAUGGCCUCCCUUCAGGUUGGAGACAGUCUGCUGGAAACCAGCUGUGGAUCUCCACAUUACGCCUGCCCAGAGGUCAUCAGGGGGGAGAAGUAUGACGGGAGGAAAGCAGACGUCUGGAGCUGUGGGGUCAUUCUGUUUGCCCUGUUGGUGGGUGCGCUACCGUUUGAUGACGACAACCUGAGGAAUCUGCUAGAGAAAGUGAAGUUGGGGGUGUUUCACAUGCCACACUUCAUACCACCAGACUGUCAAAAUCUUCUCCGUGGUAUGAUUGAAGUGGACGCCUCUAAAAGACUAACGUUAGAACAGAUCCAAAAGCACACAUGGUACAUAGGGGGGAAGAAUGAACCAGAGCCAGAGCAGCCCGUGCCCAGGAAGGUGGCCAUACGCAGCCUGCCCUCUGCAGACGACAUCGACCCAGACGUACUGGACAGCAUGCACUCACUGGGCUGCUUCAGGGACAAAAACAAACUACUGAAGGACCUGCUCUCAGAUGAUGACAACCAAGAAAAGAUGAUCUACUUCCUGUUACUCGACCGUAAGGAAAGGUACCCGAGUCAGGAGGACCAGAACCUGCCCCCACGCAAUGAAGUCGAUCCUCCAAGGAAGCGGGUGGACUCUCCCAUGUUGAACCGUCACGGCAAGAGGAGACCAGAGAGGAAGUCCAUGGAGGUCCUCAGUGUGACGGACGGAGGCUCGCCAGUACCAGCAAGGAGGGCAAUCGACAUGACACAGCAUGGACAAAGGUCGCGGUCUAUUAGCGGAGCCUCCUCCGGCCUCUCCACCAGCCCCCUCAGCAGCCCACGGCCUGUCAGAAAGUUCUGUGUGCCGCCUCAGUCCCCAGACUUGUUACAGUCCCCUAACACGAGCCCCUGCCCGUCCCCUGAGCCAAUCCCCAUCCGCACAGGCCCCCGUAUCUCCACCCCUAACUCUCUCACUCCAAACAGCGAGCCCUUGCCGGCAGCACUCAACAAAACGCAGACGCUCCCUGCCAAGCCCAAAGUUGCCCCAAAGCCUCUACAAGCCACACGAUCCAACCCGCUCCCUGAAACAUCCCCAGAUGCAGCAUCUGCAGCCAAAUCAGAAACCUUCAAUCCCUGCCAGCCCCCAUCGCAGCUACCCUCUGCUUCCAGGCCCCCCACACCUACCUCUCCUUCCUCCCCAUCCUCCCCAUUCUCCCCGUCCUCCAUUUCUAGCUCUCCAAUCCCAAACAGCCCCCAGGUACGGCGCUCCCAAUUUGCUGCCAACCCCCAGCUCUCAGUGCCCUUCAGCCCCGUGGUGCCGCUGUCGCCCAUCCGGCUGCAUCAUUUUCACCCUGUGGCGCCGUUGCCUUCUUCUCUCACUGACCACCCACCCAAAUCUAUCCCCCUCAUACAGGUCACCCCUCAUCCCUCCCCUCGAGGCAGCCCCCUCCCCACCCCAAAGGGCACUCCGGUGCACACUCCCAAGGACAGUCCCUCUGGGACCCCCACCCCGACGCCGCCCCCCAGCCCGUCCAUCGGAGGCUUGCCUUGGAGGACGCGCCUCAACUCCAUCAAGAACAGCUUCCUGGGCUCUCCUCGCUUCCACCGCAGGAAACUCCAAGUUCCCACACAAGAGGAGAUGUCCAGCCUCACACCAGAGUCUUCCCCAGAACUUGCCAAAAAAUCCUGGUUUGGUAACUUCAUCAACCUGGAAAAAGAGGAGCAGAUCUUCAUCGUCAUCAGAGACAAGCCUCUCAGCUCCAUCAAGGCUGACGUUGUUCAAGCCUUCCUCUCGAUCCCCAGCCUGAGCCACAGUGUGAUCUCUCAGACCAGUUUCCGAGCAGAGUACAAGUCCACAGCGGGUCCCACAGUCUUCCAAAAGCCGGUUAAAUUCCAGGUGGAUAUCACCUACACAGAGAGCACAGCCGCCACCAAAGAGAACGGCAUCUACUCUGUCACAUUCACCCUGCUCUCAGGACCAAGCCGACGCUUUAAGCGGGUAGUGGAGACGAUUCAGAGCCAGUUGUUAAGCACACACGACCAGCCUGGGGUCCAGCAGCUCUCUGGCAGCCCAUUGAGUAACUUCUUUGACGUAAUAAAACAACUUUUUUCAGACGAGAAGAAUGGACAGGUGCCCUACCCUUCUGGCACACCCUCCAAGCGCUGCCCCUCGCCAAUGCACGUCCGGAGGCAUGAGCCUGAAAAUAAUGACACCAAAUGUCCUGUCGCAGGCCGAGAAAAAGCCAGGUUGUCGCUGGCAUCUGUGGGGACGCAAGAGGAGUCUUAAAAACCAAUCACAGUAUCUCUAUGAGCCAGAGGAACAGAUGGAUUACCUCUGUAAACAGCUGGAUGUACAUAAUCAUUUAUGGACAUUUUUUUUAAAUGAAUUUAUUUAGAUAGAAAUAUAUUAAGAGAAUCAAAGUGAUAUUUUGAGAGAGAAAAAAAAACACACACUGCACAUCACAACCACACACUCCUGUCCUUCCAUCUCCCUUUCACCACCCUUUCACCACCCCACCCCACCAUCAUUAUCCACCCCGAAUAUCUGAUCACCUGUGCUCUGUUUGUGCUCCCUUGCUGCUAACCUGUGUGAUGACCUGACUUGUUUCUGAUACCAGGUAUCAUCCAGAAAACCUAUUAAGUCCCUCCUCCUGCUCCCCACUCCGUCAACCCUCCUCCAACCAACCCCUGCACCCCCCGCCCCUGAGCGCGCCGAAAGAGAGACGGACAUUUGUUGACGGAGGACUGCUUUUCAGAGGUGCGCCAACGGGUGGGGGUUACCAUGGAAACAGACCCUUCAUGCAGACUUCUGCCUUCAUCUCCCUCUGAGCCCCUUUUUUUCCCACCUCCGGCAGCCAUCAGUAGAAGUAGAUGAAAAUACCUUAAGCGUCCACCCUCUCCCAUCUGAGAAACACACAAACACUCACAUGUGCACAAGUAAUACACACACCUCCCAAUAAAAACCAACAUCCUCCUCUCCAGCCUCUUUCCCCUCCUCAAGGAGCAUUCAUUAUUUGGAGAACAAACAUUUUUCAAAAAGACACUACACAAAGAAAACAUAAACAUGCAUACAUGCACAGGUCCAGUAUGCACUAUAAAACUCUGGGAUGUAUUAACAAGAACACAAAAGAAGACACACUGACUGAUUCGUAGGAGGAGAGAAGGGGGAGGAGUUUACGUGGAAACGCCCAAAACAGCCGACGCAGAUGCUUGCUGGAUUGUAUUUCUUUGCUUUUUAAUGUACUUUCUUUGGGAGAAAUGGGUUGAAAAUACUAAAUGACUUUAAUAGACUUGACACUAUUGCUGCAAAACGGACUGGAAUUGUGAUUUCAGAGAGGAGCGGGGUGAGAGCAGAACAGGGAAAAGUGAGGGGUGGGGGGGGCAGUGGGAAGAUAAUAUGAUAGUACAGGGUUGGGUUUGGGGGGUACGGGUGGGUAUGUGGGUAUUUAAAUGAAUGAUCUAUUCUGUUGUACAGACUGAUAUCAUUUCUUAUGUAAAAAAAAAUGAAAUGUCUAGUUGUGACACUAUGUUUAGAUACCAUAGGGUCAGGUUGGUGAACCUGCGCCUGCCACAAUAUUGUUCUGUUAAAUUCUUUGUGUAUAUUUUGUUACAUGAUCAUUUCUGUCUCUGUUUUAAUGACCUAAUAAUGAUCCAAACAUUCCUGUUUGUGUAAUCUGCAGCACUUUGUCUUUGUUCGUUUUCUCCAUCUAUACCUCUCUCUUAGACUCACAUACCAGCAGUAGGAGUAGAGGAACAAAAAAUGAUGACGUGAUAAAUGCAACUGUGGAUAUUUUUGUAUUUUUGUCCUUAUUUAUUCAUGUUUGUUCAUCUCACUGUUGAAUUUCCUAUUUUAUUAUAACCUGGCUAUUUAUAUGAACAAAGCUGUUAGGUCAGUUGAAUGUUAUUUAUUACCCUCUUGUGUGUUCGUAAAUGGGACAACAUUUAAAGAAAAAGAAUUCACUUUUUUCUUUUUUGUUCUAAAUUUAACAUAAUUAUGUGAACAUGGACAAGUCACAACUUCUCUGUUCCCUUAAUGUCUGUGAAAAGGGAAAGAGGACUUGUGGGAACUCUUGGGAAAAAAAUGAUUUACCAGUAAUUUAAGAAUGUAGACGUAGCCUCUUUUUGAAGAGGGAAUAUGCUCUUCUAUUGAUAUUUGUCAGUUUCAUAUUAUUGUGCUUGUAGGCCAGGCCUGGAGAGAAGGAUGCCACAGAUCCUGAUCUUCUUCUUCUCUUUGUAAAUAGAAAGACAAACUGUUGGGGGUUGAUUGUCUUCUCAACCAUGCUGGGGAUUCCUGCUCUAUGCUUUUAGCUUGUAAUGCUGUGUGCAUGUCAAACAUGAGCUUUUCUUUGCAUGGCUUUAGUGUUCAUGUUCCAUGCCAAACUCUCUCCUUCUCUCAGCCUUCAUCGAUCCUCUCCCUCUCUUCAAAAACGACCUUUUAAUGUUUUAAACUCCCCUCUGUCCCUUACUUUCCACCCUCUAUGCUUUGAUUUCAAGCCUUCCUUUUUUUUUGUAUUGUUCCCCACGCUUAUCUCUCCCCUCCUCCCUCUCCUCCUCGUAUCUUGUGCACAAAGUUUUUUGAACGAUGCUUCCUUUACUCUGUACUUCUCUCUGGAAGGUUUCGGAGGUUUAAGCUCUCUCCACCUGUUUUUUGGUUGCAGAGGCACAGUGAGGGGAUUCAAGUACACAAACACAAAGCAAUACCCUAUUGUUCACCCUCCUUUCUGUUUUCUACAAUGGGAAGCUAGCAGCACCAAGGACAUGUGAUCAUUCUGAGGCCCAGAGCGGGUCUUUUGACAGAGCAGGAACAAAACUGACUGAUGUAAUCCCCAUAUCAAAUAACUGUGAGCAUCUUCAGUGCUGAAACAAAUAAACUCAUUAAGUUAUUGUGUC